AUGACCCAUGGCCCGGACGACGAUGUCAAAAACGCCACCGCCCGAUACGUCUUUAUCUGUUUCGGUGGCGCCGGCAUCUGGUCCGCCAUACCGAUCUUUCUCAGCUGGAUGGUGACCAUGUUUGACGGGAGGGAGAAGCGGGCGAUAUCCAUCGCCCUGAUCAACGGCUUUGGCAACAUUGCCUCGGUCUACGGCUCGUUCCUUUGGCCCGCGUGGGUCAAACCACUGUACCACGUUGGUUUCGGCGUCACUACCGGUAUGCUCGGCGUCGCUGCAUGGAUGACAUUGGCUCUAAAGUGGAGAUAUGGUGAUAUCGGCGUUGUCCGGUCGUAG